AUGACGCCAGCAACAAAAAAGGCUAAAACAAUAAAUGACUUUUUUCAUGUGAAGGAAGAAGAUGACUUAGAUACUAUACUUGCGAAAAUGACAGCAGUAGAUGGUGUACCGUUUAAAAUAUUCUGUUCUUCGGAAUCAAUGAGAAAGCUAUUUGGAAAAGCUGCUUACAAAAAUUUGCCUAAAUCACCAAAUACAAUAAAGAAAAAGGUUCUGAAUAAAAGUGAGCUACUGAAAAAAGAAGUAAAAAAGGAGCUUAAUGAUAUUAAGGCAGCAGGAAAACAAUUGGCUGUAAGCCUAGAUGAAUGGACAAGUGCACGUAAUCGCAGAUAUGUGAACUGCGCUGUCCUGGACGUGCUAUACAAAGCUGAUAACACAGAAGGUAACACCGGCAUCACUGUUAACAGACCUUGCGAUAGCUCUGACUCUGAGGACGAAAGUGAUAUAGAGAACGAAGAUGAAAAUCGUUUUGUCAUCGAAGCUGACCCCAGUGGGGUCAUUCCCAAGCUGGUUUAUAAAGAAUUGAUAACUAAAGUCCGGAAAAUAGUAAAAUUUCUCAAAGGUUCGCCUACUCGCAUGGAUAUACUCAAUUCUUACCUGGAGUCCAAAUCUAAAGACACGACACUGAUCCUCGAUUGCAAGACUCGUUGGAGCAGCCUUGCUGAUAUGAUAGCAAGAUUUCUAGAAUUCAAAGACGCAAUUCAAAAGACAUUAAUUGAUCUCAAAGAGAAGACUACCUUUUCAGAUACUGAAAUAUUAAUUUUGAAAGAUAUGUCUAGUUCUCUCAAUUUCAUAAAGGCCACAGUUGAAGAACUUUGCGAGCGAAAAUCAAACUUACUAACCGCAGAAAUUGCACUUCAAUUCAUGAUGGAGAAAUUGGCGAUGAAUCCAGACGUUAUUAGUGGCCAGCUUAAAGAAGCUUUAAAUAGAAGAAUCUUGCAGAGGAGAAACGCUACAUUGGUAAGUACGUUACAGUACUUACAUAAUCCUACAAAAUAUUAUGACGAAAGGAAUACUCCUCAUGCAUUUUCAAAGGCAUCCCAUGCGGAAAUAAUAGCCUUAAUUGUAAAAAUCAAUGAGACUUAUUUUUGCAAAGAUAAAGCUGCUACAACUGUCUUUGAAGCUGAAGAUGGCCUGCCUUUAAGAGAAAUACAAAGACAGCAGCGCCUUGAAGAUGAGAGGGAACAGGAUACAGCCAAGACAUUCAAGGAACAGUUAAAGACAAAAGUUAAUGAAACCUUGCACAAUACUGCUGAGGUAUCAACAAAACAUUUGUCCGAAAACGAUGACUUGGAAACGAACUCUUUUGGCGUAAAGUUGCUAGAAGCAAAUCCAGAUGUAAAACGUCUUUACGACGACCUAUUGAGCAAUUACAAUCGGUUGAUCCGCCCCGUCACCAAUGUGAGCGACAUCCUAACAGUGCGAUUGGGUCUGAAGCUGUCGCAGCUGAUGGAGGUUAAUUUGAAGAAUCAAGUCAUGACGACCAACUUGUGGGUCGAACAGAAAUGGUUCGAUUAUAAGCUUCAAUGGAAUCCAGAAGAAUAUGGUGGUGUGGAAAUGUUGUAUGUCCCGUCAGAACAUAUUUGGCUUCCUGACAUCGUACUGUACAACAAUUGGGAUGGAAAUUAUGAGGUAACGUUAAUGACAAAGGCAACCCUGAAAUUCACGGGUGAAGUAAACUGGAAGCCGCCGGCGAUCUACAAGUCAUCAUGCGAGAUCAACGUGGAAUAUUUCCCGUUUGACGAGCAGACUUGCUUCAUGAAGUUCGGAUCUUGGACUUACAAUGGAGCUCAGGUGGAUCUAAAACAUAUGAACCAAUCUCCCGGCAGCAGCCUAGUGCAUGUUGGCAUUGAUCUUAGCGAAUUUUACCUGUCAGUUGAGUGGGAUAUUCUAGAGGUGCCGGCUACUCGGAACGAGGAAUACUAUCCAUGCUGCCCUGAGCCUUUCUCUGAUAUUACAUUCAAAUUAACGAUGCGCAGAAAGACACUAUUCUACACAGUGAACUUAAUUAUUCCGUGUGUUGGUCUCACGUUCCUAACUGUUCUAGUAUUUUACUUGCCUUCAGACUCCGGCGAAAAGAUUUCGCUCUGCAUCUCCAUCCUGGUGUCCCUCACUGUGUUCUUCCUUGGUCUGGCGGAGAUUAUACCGCCAACGUCCCUGGCGAUCCCCUUGCUUGGGAAAUAUCUGCUAUUCACCAUGAUACUCGUCUCGCUCAGCAUAUCAUUAAGCAUCUCGAUACUGGUAUCACUGACAGUGUUCUUCCUGUUGAUGGCCGAGAUUAUACCGCCCACGUCACUGGCAAUACCGUUGUUAGGGAAGUAUUUGCUGUUCACAAUGAUAUUGGUGUCAUUAAGUGUGUGGAUGACGGUGUUGGUACUUAACGUGCAUUUUAGGUCACCCUCAACGCACACCAUGUCUCCAUGGAUGAAGAAGCUAUUCCUACAGCUGAUGCCGAAGCUGCUGAUGAUGAGGAGGACGAAGUAUUCGCUGCCUGACUACGACGACACUUUCGUAUCGAAUGGAUACACUAACGAGUUGGAAAUGAGUAGGGAUAGCCUCACCGAUGCAUUUGGUGACAGUAAAUGUGACAAUGGUGACUACCGUAAGUCACCUGCACCGGAAGAUGAUAUGCUUGGAGCCAGUGCUCAUCAGCGACCUUCUGUGACGGAAUCCGAGAACAUGUUACCUCGUCACCUUUCCCCGGAAGUUGCAGCUGCGUUACAGAGCGUCCGAUUCAUAGCUCAGCAUAUCAAAGAUGCCGAUAAAGACAAUGAGGUGGUUGAAGAUUGGAAGUUUAUGUCCAUGGUACUCGACCGCUUCUUCCUCUGGUUGUUUACUAUCGCGUGCUUCGUGGGAACCUUCGGCAUUAUAUUCCAGUCUCCGUCGCUGUACGACACAAGAGUGCCAGUGGAUCAGCAGAUAUCGUCUAUUCCGAUGAGAAAGAACAAUUUCUACUAUCCUAAGGACGUUGAGACUAUAGGGAUUAUUAGUUAA